GUGGAGUCGGUCGUUUCAUAUGUUUUCAAGAGCCGCCACCUGUGCCUAGAAUUUACUCUCUUUGUUUGGAAACUCUUUCACUGAAAGAAUUAACCUGUCAUACACUGAGUCACUGCUACGCCCCAUGAAUGGCAAGGAAAGGAGCAAGCAAUAAAUCUAUGGACACCAGCGCAGCCCAGCUGAGUGAUUUACUCUGCUGCUCGGCUGACCUCGAGCAUUACCUUCGUGAAUUCAUUUUGUCUGGCGGCCGUGAGAUAACCUUCCUUUUGAGUGGCAAGACAGGAGUUGGAAAAUCUCACUUGACAAAUGCGCUGAUAGGACAGGAACUUGCUGAAGAAGGAGAGGAACUCGAUCCACAAACCGAUGACGUGACACCGUACGUUUUUUUUAAAAACAAUGUGAAGAUAACUGUCUUCGAUACUCCCGGAUUGGCGGAUGACACCGGUAACGACGAAAAGUACCUUGAGCAAAUCAAGAAAAAAAUUACAGCUGUCGAUCUUUUCCUGUUCUGCUUCGAUAUGACCUCCAUCAGAUUUCGUGACGACGACGCUAGGACAAUUAAAAAGGUCACAACGACGUUUGGUAGAAGUUUGUGGGAUCAUGCUCUGGUGGUAUUGACCUUUGCGAACAGAGUUCAACCUUCAAAGGACAAAGUCACCGAGAAAGAUUUCUUUCAACAACGAAUGCUUCUUUUUCGCAACAAGAUUUGCAAAGUGCUUGACAAAGAAGGAGUUGACGAGAAAGCCCUAAAUGAUUUACCGUUCGUACCAGCUGGAGAAUGGAUGAAGCCAGCACUCCCAGACAGAGAUAACUGGCUGACAGUGUUUUGGAUUGAGGCAUUCAAACGUAUCAACAGAAAUGCAAAAGCUGCUUUCCUUCUUGCAAACAUCGAUCGCUUUAUUAUCUCUUUUGGUGGACAUUUAUCGGAUGAACCCCGUGGUGAAGGUGAACGAUACGAUGAAUGCUCUGAUGAGGAAACGUUUGUCGUUCUAGGGAGCUUGGAAAAGAGCUCGCCAGUGAUAUCAACGUCCGAAGGAAAAUAUUAUCGAAAAAUACUUGAAAGAAUAAAAACAAAACAAAUGAAAUCUACGACCAUAAGCAACAGUGAUACUUUGGUGGACGACAAAUAUGAAAGCACGUCGAUUCUUCGAAGAGGAUCGGCGUUAGUUUCGGCUGAAGUUGGAGAACAAUUUCGGGCCCAGAUGCGAAAAAUGAACGUCCAGGGCCCUGGAGAUGAAAAAAGAGCUUACCAUUGCGAGACGGUGUAUUCUCUUCCUCCUUCUUAUGAUGAGGCUGUGCGCAUGGGUAAUCCAGUGCCUCUCCCAAUGGAUGAGUCCUCUUCACAAGAACUGUUUAAAGAAAUGAUACAAGAGGCGUUACACAACUGUGAACCUGGCGUGAACGCUGGAGUGAGAGGUAGCCGAUCCAGUUUUAUAAACAUGUAUGCGAAAUUGUUUAGGAAGACAAUCGAGUUUAUAAAGAAUCUUCUCCGUGGAAAAGAAAACCGAUAA